GAAAUCCGAAGCAUGGAAGCACGAAUGACGAGCGACCCUUCCCCGGUCCAGAUACACCAACUCGACGUUCAAUAAGAACCAGAUUCUUUGUGCCAACUACCCUCAGCCUUGUUACGGCCAGGUCGCGUCAACCACCAGGAGACUGUGGCUUUGCUCUUCGCCGGCCUUGUCUCGAUUUUUCCCCAGCGCUUCUCAUUAACCCCCCUGAGACCCCCCUCGCUAUCGCUUCCCUCUCUCAUCCCGACGGGAUGCUAGCAAUUGGUGUUUGAUCUGCCUGGGCCUAUUUUCCGUUUCGACAAAGCAUGAGAAAUGUCAAGGUCCGCAACGCCCGCGCUACCUUUCCAUAAUGCCCAGAUCCCCGAUUCGAGACCUCGGUCGACAACCCCGGCGGACGUGCGCUCCAGCACCUCCCCCUCCACGUCCACCUCGACAUAUUCGUUCUUAGACCCGCAAGAGACCGCACAGCGCUUACAGACCUCCCUCACCCAUGGCCUCAGCCCUGCGGAGGCAGAGGUGCGACUCGCCCGGGAUGGUCCCAACGAAUUACCUCACGAGGAGCCGGAGCCUAUCUGGCUCCGGUUUCUCAAGCAGUUCAAGGAGACCUUGAUUCUCCUGCUCCUGGCCUCCGCAGCGAUUUCGUUCUUUAUGGGCAACUACGACGAUGCAGUCAGCAUUACCCUCGCCGUUACAAUUGUCGUCACCGUCGGAUUUGUUCAGGAAUACCGGUCGGAAAAAUCGCUGGAAGCACUGUCUCGUCUGGUGCCGCACCAUGCACACCUGAUUCGCGAUGUUCCUGCCGAUGGCCCUCCAGUGGUCGGCUCGAUCUCCCCGGCCCCCGGUGGGGAGAUUGAGUUGCAGGAGCUGCGAAACAAGAGUCCAUCCAUCUCUAAUGCGGUCAAGGCCUCGACUACCGUCCCGGCCACUGAACUGGUGCCGGGUGACCUGGUCCUCUUCACCGUCGGGGACCGCAUUCCGGCAGACAUCAGAAUCACGGCAGCCACCGAUCUGACAAUCGACGAGUCCAACCUGACAGGAGAAAACGAGCCGGUUGUCAAGUACUCCGACGCUAUUCGCAGCCCGAAACAUCUCCCAUCGCAUUCCCCCAAGAUUGUGAGCCCGCCUCGAUCGCCAUUCUACGACGCCCCUGCCAGCGGCGCGGUAGGAGCCGACAUCCGUCUGAACGAACAACACAACAUCGCCUUCAUGGGUACUCUGGUUCGGUCGGGAUACGGACAGGGCAUUGUGAUCGGAACCGGUGCGAAAACGGAAUUUGGAAGCAUCUCCGCCUCGCUUCAGGAAAUCGAAAGCCCUCGGACCCCAUUACAGCUGUCGAUGGACCGUCUGGGCCAGGAAUUGAGUUAUAUCUCGUUCGGCGUCAUCGGGCUAAUUGUUGUGAUCGGUUUGAUCCAAGGCCGCAAGCUCCUGGAAAUGUUCACGAUUGGCGUUUCGCUCGCGGUGGCUGCGAUCCCAGAGGGCCUUCCCAUCAUUGUCACCGUGACCCUGGCUCUGGGUGUGCUGCGCAUGGCGAAACGCGGUGCCAUUAUGCGACGACUGCCCAGUGUUGAGACACUGGGCUCCGUGAAUGUCGUCUGCAGCGAUAAGACCGGUACUCUGACUCUUAACCACAUGACGGUGACGAAGAUGUGGCAUUUUGACUGUCCCGAGCCAUUCGAGGUUCACAAUGACAUCUCCUCCUUGACACCCGGACCCGCAGCGCGCACCGUUCUGCGAAUUGGCAAUAUCGCCAACAAUGCUAGGUUGUCUCGUGUACAUGCAAACUCUCCUGCUAGUGCGUCCUCUGCCGCAGUGUUGUCCUCCACGGACGACAGGGCCUCGGGCAGCGUCAGGAGCAGGUGGGUUGGCCAACCUACCGAUGUCGCUAUACUGGACUUGCUGGACACCUUCGGCGAGGACGAUGUGCGUGAUCGUAUCAGCGCUCGGGUAGCAGAAACUCCGUUCAGCUCCGAGCGCAAGUGGAUGGGUGUGAUCAUCGGCAACGGCACAUCUGGUGAUACCAAUGUUGCCUAUAUCAAGGGUGCCCUCGAGCAGGUCCUUUUGCGAUGCGAUACGUAUUUGACCAAGGAUGGCCGCGAGGUGAUCCUGGAUGAACCCCGGCGCCAGGCCGUGAGGCAAGCCGCCGAGGAGAUGGCAUCGGAAGGAUUACGGGUCCUUGCGUUCGCCAGUGGCGGGGUGAGGGACGCUACUAGAGGCCGAGCGUUCGGCAGCAGAUCGGGUACCCCCGUGUCCAAGUCCAGCCAAAGCGAUGAUGACGACCGUUACAACGGCCUCGUUUUUGCGGGCUUGGUAGGCAUGAACGACCCCCCGCGCAAGGAUGUCCAUAAGUCUAUCAGACGUCUCAUGGCUGGAGGCGUCCGAGUUAUCAUGAUCACAGGCGACGCGGAGACUACCGCCGUGGCCAUUGCGAAGAAAUUGGGCAUGCCUGUCAGUGACGCCCCUGGGUCACGGCCCGUCAUCAGUGGACAGGAAAUCGAUCGGAUGAGCACCACGGAGCUCGCGCAAGCCAUCUCCUCCACCUCGGUCUUCGCCCGCACCAGUCCGGACCAUAAGAUGAAGCUUGUGCGCGCUCUGCAGUCCCGCGGCGACGUGGUGGCCAUGACGGGCGAUGGCGUCAAUGAUGCACCCGCCCUGAAGAAGGCGGACAUUGGUAUCUCGAUGGGCAAGUUGGGAACCGAUGUCGCCAAGGAGGCGGCAGACAUGAUCCUGACGGAUGACGAUUUCUCGACGAUCUUGCGUGCUAUCGAGCAGGGCAAGGGUAUCUUCUACAACAUCCAGAACUUCAUCACUUUCCAGCUCAGCACCAGUGUUGCGGCGCUGAGUCUCGUGUUGCUGAGCACCACCUUGGGCUUCAAGAACCCUUUGAAUGCCAUGCAGAUUCUCUGGAUCAAUAUUCUCAUGGAUGGUCCACCUGCGCAAUCGCUGGGUGUCGAACCCGUUGAUCCGUCUAUCAUGAACCGGCCUCCGCGCCCUCGAACUGCCCGUGUGCUCACCAAACCGCUCAUCCAACGCGUUCUCACCUCGGCGAUGGUGAUCAUGCUUGGCACCCUUGCCAUCUACAUUCACGAAAUGGGCGACAUCGAUGACGCGGCCAACCCAGGAAAGCGCUCCCGCGUGGUGACGGCUCACGACACGACCAUGACCUUUACCUGCUUUGUGCUGUUCGAUAUGUUCAAUGCAUUGACCUGCCGCAGUGAGGGGAAGUCGGUGCUGCGGGGCGAAAUAUCUCUGUUUGGGAACAAGAUGUUCAACUACGCGGUUUUUGGCUCGCUCGCUGGGCAGGCCUGUGUGAUCUACCUUCCAUUCUUACAGCGGAUCUUCCAGACGGAGCCCCUCGGUCUGGGGCACUUGAUCCGACUGGUGUGCAUUGCGAGCACCGUGUUUUGGGUUGACGAGGCGCGGAAGUACUAUAUGGCGUUGAAGCGACGGGGGUCAGUGGGGGUAGGAUACAGUGUCAAUGUUUAAUAGAGGGUCUGGUUAUAUGUAUAGAGGGAAUGCAUUUUCUUGUGUAUUUUUCA